AUGGCUACAAUAGUGAACUCUACGCAGAGCGUCUUAAAGGACACGUACGACUAUUAUUUAUGGACGCUGUCACUUUCCGAUAAAAGGACAGAAGGAUGGCCCCUCGUAGAUUCUCCAAUACCAACUUUAAUAUACACGCUUUUAUACCUAUUCAUAGUAUGGAUAGGUCCAAAGAUCAUGAAGAACAGACGCCCAUUCAAGCUCACUUGGCUAUUAGUGCCUUACAAUUUAGCGAUGGCAGCGCUGAACGCGUAUAUCGCUGUUAGACUACUUACAGCGUCGUUUAGGCUGAGAUACAGCUACAUUUGUGAACCAUGUCGACAACGAAACGAUCCUGAUGAAUUGCAAAUCGCAAACGCAGUAUGGUGGUACUACUUCUCGAAGCUUCUUGAAUUUUGUGACACGUUCUUUUUCAUAUUGAGGAAGAAAGAUGAACAGUUAACAUUCUUGCAUGUGUAUCAUCAUUCGACGAUGUUCGGAUUUUGGUGGAUCGGAAUUAAAUGGGUACCAAGUGGAUCAACGUUCCUCCCAGCUAUGGUCAACAGUGGUAUUCACGUACUAAUGUACACUUACUACGGUCUAUCAGUCUUCGGUCCGACCGUCAGCCAGUACCUGUGGUGGAAGAAAUACUUGACCAUCUUACAAUUGAUUCAGUUCACUUGUGCCUUGAUCCUUGGCGUCAAUGGAAUUAGGACUGGCUGCGAAUUUCCACUGUGGAUGCAUUACGUUCUCAUCGUCUACAUGAUCUCAUUUAUUGUGCUCUUCGGAAACUUUUACAUGAAGGCUUACCUAGCUAAGGGAAGUAAAUGUAUGGAGGUAAGGUACGGACAGUGCUUGGACGAUGAAGAGACGAUUCAAAUGAGAAAGCUGAAAAGCAAUUAAUAUUUAAGUAGCAAUAGUUGUAAUUAUCACCUUCAUAAUUUAUUCAAAUCUUCAUAAUAAUCGCUUUAAGUUCAAAUUUUAUUGUUAUUUUUUAAUAAAUUAGUGUUAUUGUA